AUGUCUAGUUCUUGGUCGAAGAUUCCUACGGAUCUCUUGUACUCAAUCCUAUCCAAGCUCUCCAUCCCCGACAUCUUUCGUAGCGCCGCCGUAUGCUCAAGUUGGUCCGCCGUGGUCGAUGAGGUCGGCCGCUGGCCUGAUGAUCAACACCCGCAGAUCCCAUGGCUUGUGCCGGAACUCCAAAUCGAUCGAAACGUCAACCAUUUCUUAAGUUUAUCGGAGGGCCGCGUGUAUGAUAUCCCCAGCGGCGAUCCUCGCAACGUCAAGAAGGUCAUCGGAUCUUCUCAUGGUUGGCUCAUAAACAUCGACAAGAUUAAUGUUCAGCUCCUAAAUCCUAUCACCGGCGCGCAGAUCGACCUCCCCUCAAUCCCCACCAUGGACGACCGGAAUUUGCAUGCCAUGAAGGCGGUGCUGUCCUCGGAUCCCUCUAGAAGUGGAGAUUACAUCGUCGUCUUUGUAUUCUACAGCUUUUCGAUACAGAAAGAGUUCUUGUUCUCCGUUAGCGCAGGAGAUGAGGAGUGGAAGAUGAUCUCCGGAGGUGCGUAUUACUAUGACGACGUAGCCUUUCACAAGGGCAAACUCUAUGCUGUGUCACAAGCUGAAGAAGAAGUUGGCCAAGUGAUGGUGGCGGCGUACGAUCUCAUCGCGCUGGAUUCGACGACUCCGACAGGGACGCCGGUGGUGGCUCUGCCGGACAUCGUUUUGGAUGCUGAUUACGUCGGGCACUCUUUUUGCACGACCGUUAAUGAUCUACUGAUCGUACGGUCCCUAACGAAUGAAUAUAAUCAUAUUAAAAAAUUGGAGGUUUGGCAAGUGGAUACGGAGAAAGGCGGCAUCAUCCCGGUGAAUAAUUUGGGUAAGUAUGCUCUAUUUUUGAGCGAAGAAUCUUCUCUUUGCCUCGAUACUUCUUCGUUGCCGAAGAAUCAGAAUUUGAAGUCCAACUCCAUUUAUAUCUCGAAUGACUACUUGGUUAACUUGGUUUACAACAUGGAGGACGAAAGCUUCACCUCCCUGAGUUUGCCUCCAUUAUCAUUUCCAGAGAUGCAGGAGCCAACGCUACUUUGGUUUACACCCAAUCUAUUGCAUGAUGAUCCAAUGUAA